AUGCAAAACGCUGGAACAGAAGUCCUUAGCGGGAGAGAUAAAAGAAUCUUGUACGAUAAGCUUGCCAACUUCAAAGGCACCGCUCGGAUAGCCAUCAAACAUUUAACAUUUCCAUAUCCAAGCCGGCAAAUUGAUAGAAAGAUCAUUGAGCAGUUGUUGAGAGAUUUUAAGGGUGAAGGAUGUAGACCAGAGGAACCAGACCACCGAAUUCCGGCGAUUGUUGAUGACUCGGUGUUGGAAGCAGCACUCCAGGUGCAGGGGUUUGAGGGGGGAGAUGUCACUUUUGGGGCCACCUAUGACGCUGAUCAGGGAAUGACGUAUAAGAGCACGCCUACAUUACCUUCCCAGCUUCUAGAGCGCUAUAAAGCGGAAAUCGACUAA